AUGGCCAUUCGAUUGUUGGAUGCUUGGUUCCAGGGCGGUGAGGUGGCAGAAACAACUCCUGGUCCCAUGACACAGACAAGGCGAUGGCCAAAGGCGGCGGAGAGCGGCACUAAAACAAAAUCCAGCUUGACUCUUCCGCCGCCUUCGGUUUCAGCGUCCAACUACCUGUCUCUCGUCCUUUUCUUCCAACGGGAUAAACACCACCAUCGAAAUGCCUGUCGCGUCAAGAGAGGCCUUUACGGGCUGUAUCUCCCCGCUGGCGGCUACGCGGACUUUGAUGCGUUUGGUCCAUAA